AUGAGUGAAAUUCAACAAUUUUCUAAAUUAGUAAUUGAUGCUCGCAGUGGUCUUGAGAAAACUCCCGAAAUCGACCAAGCACUCCAGAAUAAUGUACAACGAACGAUGAAAAAUGAUAUUAAUGAAUUAAUUCGGAAGAUUAGUGACUUAGAAAGAAAAGGGCAUUUGAUCACAGAUUUGUGGCAGCAAAGAUUUGAAUAUAAGAAUGCAGCUAAAUAUAACAUCGACAAAAGUGAUAAUAUAACAACGAUUGAACGUAAGCUUGUAGAUAAUGAUCGACGUAAGCUGAUUCUCUGUUCUAAUGAUAAUCUAAAUGAAAAUAAUCCUUCAAAACUUAAGGACUUACGUCGAAUAUUACGUGAAAAACAGAGACGUAAUUUGACAUUACGCCUUAUCUAUGCUGAUUUUUCUUAUUCUUCGUUUCGACUGCAGGACAUGAUAAUAUUACCAUGCAAUGAAAUUGACUAUAGUGAAAAUCAUUCGAAGGAGCAAGUAUCCUUUCAAAUUAGUGGUCCUCCCACUCCUCGAUCUUUACCAGUACCAUCUCAAUCAGCGUUAGUACCAAUUGAUAAAACUAUUAAUAUUCUUCUUCUUGGUGAAACUGAUGUUGGUAAAUCAACCUUUAUCAAUGCUUUUGCUAAUUAUCUUACAUUCGAUUCAUUUAAACAAGCCGAAUCAAGUGAACCUAUCGUAAUCAUUCCUGUCUCAUUCAUGAUGACAGUUGGUGAUAAUUUUGAAGAACGAAUAGUCAAAUUUGGUGAACUCGAUCGUUUUAACAAUGAAAAUUUUAACACUCUAGGACAAUCGAUAACACAACAUUGUAAAUCUUAUACAUUUAAUCUUAAGCGUAGUGAAGAUGGUAAUCGAAGAAAGAUGCGCAUUAUUGAUACACCUGGUUUUGGUGAUACACGAGGUACUGAUCAAGAUGAUCAAAAUAUGCAACAUAUUUUACAAUACAUCAAUAAUGUUACACAUUUGAAUGCUAUCUGUUUUCUUCUCAAACCAAAUGCAUCACGAUUACAUAUAUUUUUUCGUACAUGUCUUAUUCAAUUAUUUUCUCUUAUUGGUUCAACAGCUCGAAAUAAUAUUAUCUUUUGUUUUACUAAUGCACGAUCAACUUUUUAUACACCGGAAAAAACAGCUCCAUUACUCAAAACUAUGCUUGCAUCAGCUUCGAUAGAUAAUAUUUCUUUCAAGAAAGAGAAUACAUACUGUUUUGAUAGUGAAGCAUUUCGAUAUUUAGUUGCUUUACAAAAUGGAAUUCCGUUUACCGAUGAAGAAAAGAGAGAAUAUCAAAUGAGUUGGUCAAUAUCAGUAAAAGAAUCCAAUCGUUUGAUGGAUUAUAUUAAUAAAGAACUCACUGAACAUCGUAUAGAGAAUGAAUGGCAAACAAUUAAACAUGCUCAAUUAGAAAUUUCUUAUAUGAUUCGACCUAUAUUAGAAACAAUGAGAAACACUCUUCGCAAUAUUAUUUUAUUGAAGAAUAAAUCGAAUCAAUUCAUUAAACAAAAUGCAAAACCUCUUCACUCAAGAGCUACUCGGUGUCUUUCGUGUAAAGGUGAUCUUGAACAAGUUACUGAAUUUUGGAUUUUUUUCUACUCGUACACAUGCAAUUGA